CCCGCUCUGUCCUCGCGGCAGUCUGACGCCGGUCGCGCACUCAGCAUGGUUGGAUUUUCUCGCAGUUUUUCACCGGUUCUACCAUGCUAAAGGCGACCGUGGUCGAUUGGAUAGUUGGAUAGUGCGUGGUGCCAGUGUACAACCGUCAGUCGUUCGAGACCUUUCGCGAGCAAGUGUCGAACGCGUGCUUGGAAACGAGAACGGGCGAGCGAAAAAGACGCCAGAUGCUCGAACCUAACCUCCAAAGACAAAGAUGACUCGGGACGUUACUCCGGUUCGCUCGUGGCCGCGGUGACGCGGGAAUCGUUCAUUCCCUCGUAUCGUUUCCUUUUCGUUCCCGUGAAACGUUUCGCAGCUAGUGUUCCCUGUGCCGUUCGUUGCUCCGAUACCCGUACACGUAGUCGUUGCCCCGUGAUCGCGCCUAAAGUGAGUCGCAUGACAGCCGCGGUGGAUGCUCGUGCGUCUUGGAGCCGAAACAAAGACGGAAAGCGUGCGAAGAACAAAAGAGAACGUAAACCGGCUACUAUGCGUCCCGUCGAAUGACAAAGGAUGACGAGUGACGUUCUUGUUAAGAAGUGAAAGAGAGAGGCUGAUAGAGUGAAUGGUGAAAAGGUACAGAAGAGAGGGGUUACGAGAGGGACACGGUUGUCAACAAAUCUUAACCGGAGAUUUCUCGGAAGGCCGUUUCCUCGAAGGUGGCUGGUGUUUUUGACCUGGACCAGCGCGACUCACCGCAGCUUCUCCGAAUCGCCUGCUUCGUUCCUCAUCGACUCGUAAAACAAGGGGUCCAGCGACACCGCGUGGACAAGAUCGAUACAGGCGAUAGGAUAACGUUCGAAAAUCGUUCGGGCCAGGAAGCAUCGUAGCUUUCCAUCGUCCCUAAUUGACAGGUGGAAAGAGGGGGGGGCAGCUGUACAGAGGAGGACCAGGAAAAGAAGGCACGUACAUCGUGGAUAGGUGCAGAAGGAGUCUACGUGGGCAAAACUGUAGGGAUGAAGAGAAAAGGGAGAGGGUUGGAAAUUUACGAGUGAGCAGGUUUGCUUGCACGUAUCCUUGGGGCAGUCGUGCACCAUAACAAACGGUCCAGCCGUAAAACCAGCUUACGUUAGAAGAACGACACCGGAAGCAGAGGUCGAAUUUCCGCGAUGCAUCGAACCGGCUAACUCAACGAAAAAUACCGAAAUUUUCAUCCUUUCUCUCUCUCCCUCUCUCUCUGGAAUCGUUCGAAAUCUUCAUCAACAGAGUUUAUUUCACGAAAAUCGCGACAUGAUCUCGAACGAGUAUCAUGGACGAGGUUCGUUGAUCGUCGAGUGAGAUCGGAAGAAUGUCGAUGAUCGAAGAUACGAAUGAAUGAGAGAUCGAGGGUGGAUCAAUCGGAAUCUGGGCAAAUGGGUUAAAAAGGAGCGCGAUGGACGGCGCGACCACGUGCUGCUCGCAAAAUGGUGAUCGUGCUUCCCUCGUGGAAACGCAACAAGUGGCGAUCUAUUCCUUAUUCCUGAACUGUCGUCAUCGAUGUUACCCAAAACAGACGGGUCAGAGAAUUCGAUCCAGGACCCAUCGCUUUCGACCGAAAGAUCCGUUGAACGAACGAUUUAUCUCUUUCUGACGGAAUAAAACUAAACGAAUAAUUUUUGUUCGAACUACGAGGAUAAAGGCUCCGGUCGAUCUCUUGGAUUCGUCGAAUCGAGCGAAAGAGAAUUACUCUGCUCUUUCGAUCGAUCGCAGUUCGAGGAGCAGCUAUUCGGUUCAGCAAUCGAGCUACGAAGGAGUCCUAAAUUCAAUUCCUCGCGUUAAUCUCCGGCAAAGGAGACGGCUCGAACGAACGAUCGAGCUUCGAGAGGCUCUUCGAGUCAAUUUCCAUCCUCUCGAACGGAAAUAUUCGCGACGAGAGUCCGCGAGCAUGAGCAGAGCCGAUGCCCAGCCAAGGAACGUGGGUAUACCAGCUUUCGGCAGCGAAGAAACAGAUCGUCGGCCUGGAUUCGGUUGGAUUUUCUACGCGGCCCGUCGUUUUCUACGCGUUCCCAUGGACUGAGAGGGAAAAUCUCUGGGGAUUAAUCUGAGAGGCAUCGGUCGUCGUCGAAUGAGACGAUGGUGAUGAAGAUUUCCGCGGUCGAGGCUGGCGUUCCGUUGCUAAGCGCCGUCGGUCCGCGUUGUGUGGUCAAGCAGGCCACGGUCAAACGAUGCGUCGCGGCGCUACUGCUCGUUUCCGUCGCCAGCAUAUUUUACUACACCCACUACAUCAUCAGCAGUCCACUGUCCAGUCUCAUUCAUCGUGAUACUAGACCAGAACCAGCAAUAAGGUGUUCUACGUUAAGGGGAGCCACAAGAUUGCCAUCAGCACCGGAUCAUCGUAGCGAGGCUCGUCUCAGGACAGAUCCAAAAGUGUUGGUCUUCGUGGAAACAUUAUACUCCAUGCUAGGCAAGAAUAUUGCCGAGCUGCUCGUCUCUAAUCGAAUCAAGUACAAAUUGGAAGUCGCUGGCAAGUCUUUACCUGUACUGACCAACCUGGACAAGGGUCGUUACGGGGUUCUGAUCUUCGAGAACCUGAAUAAGUACCUGCAGAUGGACAAGUGGAACCGAGAAUUGCUGGACAAAUAUUGCAGAGAAUAUUCGGUUGGCAUCGUUGGUUUCGCACCGUCUGGCGAGGAAAGUUUAGUCGGCGCACAACUGAAAGGCUUUCCCCUUUUCGUCCAUACUAAUCUUCGACUAAAGGAUGCUCAGCUGAAUGCAGCGUCCCCUAUUCUCCGAUUAACCAGAUCCGGGGAAACAGCCUGGGGACCACUUCCUGGCGGUGACUGGACCAUUUUUCAAGCCAAUCACAGCACCUACGAGCCGCUGGCUUGGGCUCAUCGGGACAGCCUCGACUAUCCGGCCAACAAAAGUCCUCUGGCAACCGUCAUUCAGGAUCACGGCAGGUUCGACGGGAUUCAAAGGGUGUUUUUCGGCGGUGGUUUGCGAUUUUGGUUGCACAAUUUGCUGCUGCUCGACUCGUUAUCGUACCUGUCGCACGGUCAGCUGAGCUUAAGCCUGAAUCGCAUGAUCCUGGUCGACGUCGACGACAUUUUCGUCGGUGAAAAAGGCACCAGGCUAAGGAAGGACGACGUGAUGGCGUUAUUGGCUACCCAGCAGAGGAUUCAAGCGCUGGUGCCAGGAUUUAAAUUCAACUUGGGGUUUUCAGGGAAGUACUUCCAUCACGGCACCGCCGAGGAAAAUCUGGGGGACGAUAUGCUGCUGGAAAACGUCGACAGAUUCACGUGGUUCUCUCACAUGUGGAACCACCAACAACCCCAUCUUUACGAGAAUGUAACUCAUCUACAGUUGGACAUGGCACUGAACAAACAGUUCGCGAAAGACCACGGGAUACCGACGGGAAGCGGUUACAGCGUAAGUCCUCAUCAUUCCGGCGUUUAUCCGGUUCACGAGGGGCUGUACGAGGCCUGGAAAAGGGUGUGGAAUAUCAAAGUCACCAGCACCGAAGAGUAUCCCCAUUUGAGGCCGGCUCGAUUACGAAGAGGCUUCAUUCAUCGAAACAUAAUGGUUCUACCGAGGCAAACAUGCGGCCUUUUUACACACACGAUCUUCAUCGAUAGAUACCCAGGCGGAAGAGACAAACUGGACAAAUCCAUACAGGGUGGAGAAUUGUUUCAGACCAUCGUUCACAAUCCUAUUAAUAUUUUUAUGACGCACAUGUCGAACUACGGAAACGAUCGUCUGGCAUUGUACACCUUCGAAUCGGUGAUCAAGUUCAUUCAAUGUUGGACGAAUUUGAGGUUGUCCAGCGCGCCGCCCCUUCAGCUAGCCGAGAGGUACUUUCAACUUUACCCGGAGGAAUCUGAUCCCGUGUGGGGUAAUCCUUGCGACGACCUGAGACACCAAAAGAUCUGGUCGAGGAACAAAACCUGUGAUCAAUUGCCGAGGUUCCUGGUAAUCGGACCUCAAAAAACUGGCACCACAGCUCUCUAUACUUUCCUUUCCAUUCAUCCAGCGAUAAGCAGCAAUUUACCGAGUCCCGACACGUUCGAGGAGAUUCAGUUCUUCAAUGGAAAAAAUUAUUACAAGGGUCUCGACUGGUAUAUGAGCUUCUUUCCAGCGUCGAAGAACGAAAGUUCACGGUAUCUGUUCGAAAAAUCGGCAACCUAUUUCGACGGAGAACUGGUACCCCGAAGAGCACACGCGCUGCUACCGAGAGCCAAGUUGAUCACCAUACUUCUCUCGCCUGCGAGGCGCGCCUAUUCCUGGUACCAGCACACCCGGGUCCACGGAGAUCCUGUAGCGAACAAUUAUUCCUUUCACUCGGUUAUCACCGCGAGCGAUACCGCUCCGAAACCCCUUCGCGAUCUCAGGAACAGAUGCUUAAAUCCCGGGAAGUACGCUCAGCAUCUGGAGAGAUGGUUGUCCUAUUAUCCGCCUCAGCAAUUGCACAUCAUAGACGGCGAACAGUUGCGUCAGAAUCCUGUGGAAACGUUGCACGAGUUACAAAGGUUCCUCAAGAUUACGCCCGCUUUCAAUUACUCGUCCCACUUAAGGUACGACCCGAAGAAGGGUUUCUUUUGUCAGGUUACCAACGAGGAUCGCACGAAAUGUCUCGGUAAAAGCAAAGGCCGCCAGUAUCCACCGAUGGAGGAUAAAUCGUACAAAUUGCUGCAGAGAUAUUAUUUGUCCCACAAUACGGCUCUAGUUAAAUUGUUGAAACGUUUGGGACUGAGGACGAUCCCGCAGUGGUUGAAGGAAGAUCUCACCGACACGGUGAUGACCUAGCAAACGUCGAUUAUAUGAAACGACACCGUUUCCGAACUGUUCAUCUCGACGGUAAACGAGAUCCAUCGUUUACUAGCGGAAGAUCUGUAAAAUAAUUGUACAUUUAAUAUUCCACUGGACUCCGGUGAUCCUCGACGAAAGGACCAUUUACAUAGGCCUAUUUUCCCAGUUGAUUGGCCUAAGAACGGUGGAGAGCCUGCGAAACUAGUCACUUAAGCGGUUUCACGGUGUCACGAACCGUAACUGUCGAUCGUUGUUAAAGAAAUAACGCUAUUAUUAACGUUACAUUAUUAAUUGUCAUCGUUGCUACGUCCUAGGAGGAUAUGAUUAUUAACACAGCCCGCUCGCUGGUGCCAUCAUCCGUCUGUAUUAGGACGCCUUUCGUUCUAAUCAUUACUGGUAAGCCGUACGAGAAACUAACGAUGAUUUUUAGUUUCUAUUCGAGUUAUAAAUUCCAACUCGAUCUUGAUACGACAUUUUCUUUCAAUGAAAUCGAGAAUAUUUUGGUAAACCGAAGACCAUGAGGAAAACGCACAUCGGUGAAUCAGGUUCGCAGCCUGAUAACUCGGUGACAAUUUGGAAGUUGAAACAAGGUAGGGGAUUUUUUCUUCUUUUUUUUUGAAGAGGAGAUUCUUAGUCUUGUGACGUGGUCGGUUCAAAUGGUAUUACAAUUUUUGGAAAAUAUUUAUUUCCUCGUGAAAGUGAUCGAUACGUCGAUCGAUGAUCCCUCAAUCAGUCCUUCUCUCUAUCUCUGUCGAAGUACUAAUUGCAGGAUCGUUUCUGCGAGUGUGAGAUUUUGGGUCUUUGAGCUUUCCUCCCGCCCACUUACCUCUCGGAGAGACAAUGUACAUUAAUUAUCGUCGUGUAAGGGUAUAUAGAUGAACAGAACUAUGAUAAUGAUUCUAUGUAUAUUUUGACAAUACUAUUCUUGGUACCGCCGACGAGAAAAGCCGAUGGAAGGUGUGUGAUCGCGUCCGUUUGUACAUUUAUGUAUCGUACUAUUUUGAUGUGAUCGUAGGUGUACCAUAAUGUUAAAAGAAUUAAUUAAAAGAUGGAAUAACUAUUAUAGGAAUGAUCGCGAUUGAGAUCAAAAACGCUGAUCUUAAUCGAUGAGGUGAUAACUGCCUAUUCGCAAUAAUUGCUAUUGUCACGUUUUAAGGUACACGGAGGUUCUAGUUUUACAACAAUCCUGAGUUCCGUGAUAGAUGAAUUAAUUAAUUAUUCGUUGUUGAAGAAAAUCAAAGGAUUUUUGGAAACUUUAAUACCUGAUGUAUUAUACUUAGCAAAUCGUGUAAAUCGCCAAGCGGAAAUGCAUUGUUGGGAAUGAAAUGAUUGUUCGCAAUGUAUAGUUUAAUCAUGACGAUCGUUUGUUGAAUGCAUAUCAGUUACAGUUAUCUUUGUUAAUCAUGUAUACGAUGUAUUUAUAAUUACUUAUUUUUUUUUUUUUAUAAGUACCUAUGAAACUUUUCUCUUCACACCAUCUUUUUAAUACUGUUUUAAUCGUAAUUGUACUGUUGCUUUCUAACUCAGUUUGGAAAAUGUUUUCUUUUUUAAUUAGAUAUCUAUUCAUUUAAUGAUGCAAGCUGAUACUUAAAUAAAAAAAAGAAAGAAAAUAGCACAACUGUAACACACUGUGAAAUUAAUAGCAACAGGUAUUGUAAAAAUGGUAAAUUUUUGCCUCUUAAUGAGCAAUUUAGAAACUACGACGUCAUUCCCUGUGAAAUAUAUACCUAUUUAUAAAAAAAAUCUCCUAUCAUCAUUUUACAUUUAGAUGAUAUUUUAUUAGAAUUUUGUUAUCCCUUGUAUAUUUUGUUUUCACUUUUAUACUACCCGUUAAAUCGUGUCACGUGACGUUUAACGAAUCAUGUACAAAGUUUAUUGUUAAUAAUAUAUGAUAGUUAAUAAUAAUGAUAAUUAACGUUAAGCGAUUGAUCUGUUUCGUCGAAUCGUGCCAUUUUACCAGUGUUGUACAUACGGUUGUAUUAUUGUACCAAUCGCAGAGUUGGAUCUCUAGAGUCAAUAUUAUCAAUUAUGUUCAGUAUGGCGGUAGCAAAAUUUGUCCAAAUUGCUACCAGCUGACAAUAAUGAAACCAGAAUCACAAAAACCAUAGGGAGAUUCACGAUACAAGUGUAAAAGAUUUCAAAGUCCUUAUAGCGAUUAAGCAAUACUUCAUCGUUGGUUUCUUCUUUUUCUAUAAAAUCUUUUUCUUUUUAAUUUAUUUUAUAAGAUUCCUGAGAUCAUUUUCUAACACUAGAAUGAAUUACCCUCUAUCGUUAUUUCUUAUCUCAACGACAGGAGCUUAGUAAUUUUUCUGAUUUAAAAUAAGAAUUAUUUGAAUUUCUGGUAAAUUUAUAAUCGGACCAACGAUGAAAUACUGCUAAUGUUAAUUUGCGUGUACAUUCGCAUUUCAGGUAAUACACCAACAAACACGCAGGAAACUAAUGAACGUUUUGUAGAUGUUCUAACACACUGUUGUGCAAAGAUGAAAAAUGAAAAAAAAAAAGAGGAGAGAAAAAGCUAUCAUUGUACGAAUAAAAGGAGACAAGUGUAGAAUAUGUGUACGACAGUUAAAUAGAAACCUUUGAUUAUUUAACUUAAAAUUACUCUAUUGUAAAAUACUGUAAUAACUGUAUGAAUAGUCCGUAAGUUCUAAUAAAAGAACAGUUUAAAAUC